CAGUAUCAGCUUCUCUGGUUGGACUUUUAGUAGACAAUGGCGAAUCAUCGUUGACUUUAUUGGAAGUGUAAACUAACGCCUGGUGUGGUUUGAAAAUAUGUCGCUGAACCGAAGCAUCGGAAGAGCAGAGUACAUGAAAAAGAGGAUACCGAAAUUAUCAAAGUAUGACCACGUCAAAACAAGGCUCGACACAGGAUGCAGCCUUACGAAGUAUAUGGAGAGACUGGAAGAUAUGAGAAAAAAUUACAGGUAUCGAAAAGAUGAAAUCUUCAAGCGGUUAAAGUGUACAACGUUUGCACAACUAAUAAUUCAGGUUGCCUCUAUUUCAGACCUGAGUGAAAGUGAGAUUGAUGGAAAUUCACAAGAUAGUCUGUCGGUGGUGUCUGAUGCAGACUUGGAGUGUGUGUCUGAACGCAUGAAUGUCUCCCCUAUGACGUCACCCCAGUUGCCCAGUCAGGAUUUAGGAGACAACAAGGACAUUUGCCCCACUUCCAGGUCUACACUUCUAAGUGUCAUCAGUGGAGUGGGAGAGCUAAACUUGGACGAGAAGAAUCACAAGAUGGCAAAAAAGUUGGUACAAACACCAGUUGAUGGGCCCUACCCUGACUGCCCCUAUCUGCUGUUGGACGUGAGGGAUUGCGAGCAGUACGACAACUGCCACAUCAUCAGCGCUCACAGUUUCCCCAUCGCCAUGCUGUCUCGGACAAUUAACCCUUACACAAAAGAAGUUCUAGAAUAUAAAAACGCUCCAGGAAAGAUCAUUAUUGUGUAUGACGAAGAUGAGAGAAUGGCCAGCCAGGCGGCUACCGUCAUGUGUGAACGAGGAUUUGAGAAUCUCUUUAUGCUUUCUGGGGGUCUAAAGGUCAUCGCUCAGAAAUUUCCAAGCGGGAUGACCACAGGCUCCAUACCCGCGUCCUGCCUUUUGUCUCCAAAAUCACAGAAUGAGAAAAAGAGUUCUACACUGCAGCAACCUAUGCAGGCAGCAGAUAGAAGGUGGCGCUUUACAUCAGAUGAGCUGGCACAGAUCCAGGAGCAGCUUGAAGAAAUAUUCAUCCCAAGUAACUCAAGCAGUCGCUUAUCCAGUCGCAUGUCGGACAGCAGCAUCCAGUCAAAAGCCUCCAGCCAUCAGAACUCCACUGUAGGCAGAAACAGCUCCAGGGUUCAGAGUAGUAGACCUUGGAAAUAACCCCAGAUGUCCUUCAAACAACAAACAUACCUCCAUCACAAAGUCCAUUUAUCAUUUGCGAAAUGACCCUAGAUUAAAGUAUACAAACUACUGUCAGAGAGAAAAACAUGACACUUUACAAUUGCUACAUUUAUAAAAUUAUGAGGGUUUUUUAUUUCUUGUACCAUCUUUCUUUCCUUACUUUACACAACCACAGCAAUAACUAAUACAUUUAAACUUUAACAGAAUAUUCACAUCUUGACAGCAAAAUUAACAUGGCAUUUGACAAAAAAUGUAGAAACAGCACAUAAAUGUCACUUCAGAAAAAUAUUUUACUUUUUAACUCUUGCACAGUGCCUAAGUAAGAAGUGUCAGCUCUUUUUGCAAUUGGCUCAAUAGUUCUUGCAACACUAUCCACCAUUUUUAAACAGCUAAUUUAUUUAUUUUCUGUCAAUAAUCAAACACUAUUUUACUUUUAUAAAUAGGGCCUAUGAAUGUUUAUAUGUGUGAAGAAUAUGCUGUGAAUCUCUGAAUCUGAAGUUUCUUUAUACAUAGGAAGUCUGAUUUUUAAGUUGAAAAGGAGUCGAUCUGAAAACCCAUUAUGGUCCACCAGUAACAUUUAUGUCAAUUGUUUCAACUGUUUUUAAAGUCUGUGUUUGUGGUUAUAAAAUUGGUGUAAGAUAGAAGGAAUUAUUGAUAGAGGCCUUCCAAAAAACAGAUGUGCUAAGUACAAAACAAGUAUUUAAUGGACAGUCAUUCUUAUUUGUGGCCUUUUAUCUUGAAGGUAUAUUAAUGGCUUGUUGUUUGUGUUUGGGCAGAUUUCUGUGAAGUGAGUCUUAUUAAAAUGUUGGCCUUGUUUGAACCUUAAUGCACAUUUAAAAAAUGCUUGCAUGAUAUUAUCUGUAAAAUAGUAAUAACAAAUAAAGAGAUGUUCG